UCCAUAUAAUUAUAAUCUGUUCUGUAGUGUCCAAGUGAUUUUGCUAAUCUUGGCUCGUUGGCUGGUGGUGCAAUCUAAUAUUAUUAUAGUUUGGUAGUUUAUUUUAUUUUAGCACAAUAUUCAUUUGGAUAAAAAAUACUAGAAUGGAGUCAAAAAUGUCCACAUGUGACCAAAGAACAGAUAGCAAAUCACCAGUCUCAGAGCACAAUUCAUUGAGUGGAGAAUCAGAUUCCAGGUUGACUAAUGCCAUUGAAAAAGAAGUGUGUGGUGGUAGAAUAGCCAAAGUAGUAUCAGUAAAGUUGGAGGAUUCGUUUGAAGGCUGCAAUCAACAGAACUUAUGUCCAUACCAGAUGGCGACUGUUACUGUUAAAAAGGAGGAGGAGGAGGAUGAUAGCAGCCAGCAACCAGCUGCAGUGGAAGAUGAUUGCAGCCAACAACAUUAUCUAAUCCCUGGCUACAACAUGAUCUUCAUCAAAGAGGAGGCAUAUGACGAGCAAGAGGCUGAAGGAAGUGCAGUGAAGAGCGAACCAGAGAAGUGGCCUACAAACUGCAGCACAUCUGGCCGAGACUAUGCAACAGAAGUGGGUGGACUGAAUGAGCAUUCAAUCUCUCCAGUGGAAAAGUGCAUUGAGUCAUCUGUGGCUGGCAAAAAGACCAAGCUCUACAGCUGCACUCACUGUAGCUAUAAGACCCCAUGGUUCAGUCAUUUGAAGAUACAUAUUGGAAAACACACUGGGGAAAAACCUUUCAGCUGCGAGUUUUGUGGCUACAAAAGUGCUACGUUAGGUCAUUUGAAAACACAUAUCAGAACACAUACUGGAGAAAAACCUUUUGGCUGUAAGUUUUGUGACUACAAAAGUUCUGUGUUAGGUGGUUUGAAAAAACAUAUCAGAACACAUACUGGAGAAAAACCUUACAGCUGCGAAUUUUGUGAUUUCAAAAGUGCUAGGUUAGAUCAUUUGAAAACACAUAUCAGAACACACACUGGGGAAAAACCUUUUGGUUGUAAGUUUUGUGACUACAAAAGUUCUGUGUUAGGUGGUUUGAAAAAACAUAUCAGAACACAUACUGGAGAAAAACCUUUCAGCUGCGAAUUUUGUGAUUUCAAAAGUGCUAGGUUAGAUCAUUUGAAAACACAAACCAGAACACAUUCUGGAGAAAAACCUUCAAAAGUGCUCGGUUAGAUACUUUGAAAGCACAUAUCAGAACACACACUGGGGAAAAACCUUUUGACUGUAAGUUUUGUGACUACAAAAGCUCUGUGUUAGGUAAUUUGAAAAAACAUAUCAGAACACAUACUGGAGAAAAACCAUCCAGCUGCAAGUUUUGUGAAUACAAAAGUGCUCAUUUAGGUACUUAGAAAAUACAUACCAGAACACAUACAGGAGAAAUAACUCUUAGCUAAGCAUUUUUGGGACUAUUUUCAGAGCUCGCGAUUUUGAUAAGUUUUAGACUUUAAACAGCUGGAGUCAGAAAAUCGGCUUUCCUCAUCUGGGCAUAGUUGUAGUUUCUAUGAUAAUUUUUUUCUCAUUUAUAGAAUUGGAAACGUUUUUCCUUGUCGAAAUUAAACAUUCCCAAAUAUUUCAAAAUAACUGAAACUUUAAACUAUUUUCUCUUCAUCUCAUUUUGUAGAUUUUUUUUAAUUUGAGUCAAUUGAAACUUGUAUUAUGAAUACACCUCUUUUGGAAAGCCAAUUUUCUGACUCCAGCAGUUAAAGUCUAAAACUUAGCUAGAUCCCAAGUUCGGAAACUGGCCCUUACAAUGGCUAGUCUUGUAUAGAAUAGUCAUGUCCAUAAGUCACAUACUUUUCAAGAUAUAUGCGAAAACCUGAAAAAAUUUACCUUUUAAGUUUUAACCACUCCCACCCCCCUUAGAAUAGUGGGUAGGAGUGGAGACUUUUGAUGUAUGUUUAUCAACUUACUACCCUAAACAGAGCUGUGGGGUCAAAAAUAGUCUUUCAUACAUUUUCAUUGUACCCUAUUUAGAGCAUUCAUUGCCUGGACUAUAAAUGUUUAGGGAUGAAACAAAAAACAAACAUUCAACAAUCUCAAAAUAUUAUAUUCACAUUGUUCAUCACACUGAUAUGGGCUCUUGAAGGUGUCACAAUUUUAGCUUAGAUACAAAAACAAAGGCAAAACCAUGACCACCAGAUCUCUAGCCCAACCUAUGAAAAACAGAGUACCGCAGGGAUUUGUGCUGGGACCAUUAUUAUUUCUUAUCUACAUAUAUGGUUUGCCCAAAAAACUUCCAAUGUUUUUUAAAUGUAUUCUAUUCUCUGACGACACAAUUUUAAUCAUAAAUGGGAAAGACCAGGACGAACUACAAAUAAAUUAUAAUACUACCAUAGCUUCAACAAAAACAGCCCUGACAAACCUAAAACUUAAUAUAAACACCUCCAAAAGUAAAGUAAUGAACUUCAAUUCAAGAUCAGCAAAUGCAACCGAAAACCAACUAAAUACCGAUGAAGAGGUGACAGAUACAGCUCGAUUUUUGGGAAUCACACUUGAUGCACACCUGACAUGGGACAAACACAUUGGAAAGUUGGUAGGUAAACUAUCCUCAGCCCUCUAUGCCAUCAAACGUAUAAAGGCAAUAGCUGACAAAAACUGCUCUGAUAGCUUACUACUCGCUAUUUGCAUCACACAUGGGCUAUGGAAUAAUAGCAUGGGGAGCCCCGCAGACCUACAUUGUGCAAGUUAUAAUUCUCCAAAAUAAAAUAAUUCAUCAUAAGAUAAACACUGCAAACCAUACUUCUUCAUACAGGAUAGGAUCCUCACUGUAACAUCCCUAUAUAUUCUUAAAACAAUCAUGCAUAUAAAAAAAUUCAAACCAGACAAGCCACGAAGAAGAAAUAUCCACGAGCACAACACAAGAAGAAAAAAUGAUUUUGAAAAUUCCCUACAACAGACUACAAAAACAACCAGAAUCUUCAGGGUGUAAAUUUUUCAAGUGCUUUCCGGAUGACCUCAAACAGAUUGAAUCUCAAAACCAAUAAUUCAAAAAGUAUCUGCCUGAGAACCCUCUGUAUUCAGUACAAGAAUUAAUGGAGCUGUAAGCACUCAACAGAUCCUUUACUAACACCCUGACCUAACCCUCCUACCUUACCUGACGUGCCCCUGAUCUCAAUGAUAUAGGUGGUAAAAAGAAGAGUAUAGUAGAGAUAAUCUUCCAGCUUGCCUCCUCAAUGGCUGAUUUCAAUUCCAAAAGGUCUAUAAUACAGGUCAUGACACAAUCCCAUGAUGCAUUGCAAAAUCACCAUUUAUGGGGUUCUAGUUCACCAAUUUUCAUUUUUAUUAUUUUUACCUGUUAACAUUGUAGAUUGAAUUGAACAUAACAUGAUGUGUUAUUAGUAAUUAGAAUUGUAAAAAUAAUUCCUCCUACAGAAUUAUAGUAUUUAGCAAAAUACUACAAACUGAAUUGUUGAUUUUUAGAUUCAAUUGAAAGUUUAAACUCUUUUUGAAGUUAGCCUCCCAUAUGUCUGUCUUGUCCCAAUGCCUUAUGAAUCAUAAUCCUUAGGUUACAAGAAUAAGAACAAUUUUCAAUGAUAAAUAGAUGAAUAAUUGAUGCAUUUAAUAUUAAAAUUUCAUUAUUAAAAAAUUGGAAACCUGAAUUCACAUAUUAUCUGAGCUAGAAUAUUGUUUUUAAAAUGCAAAAUGCAUGAUUUUGUUAGGAGCAAAUUGACUUAAUUAUUAAUUAAAAUGAAAUACUAAAAUACUGAUGACCCCCUGGAUUGGACAACUCCCUCAAGAAAUUUUGUAUUCCAUCUUUAAAACCUGCAACUUUCAAUUAUACAGAGUUGGUGAAAAUUAUGGAAAUAGCUAAAUAUUUCUUUUACAAAUACAAUUUGACAGUAGGUUUCAUUGGAGAUCCCAUUUGAAAUGGAAAAUCACUCUGUCCCUCCAACAUCUUUGUCCCCCAUAUGAAUCUAAAUUCAUUUUUCAAAUGAGAAGGUGGUCAUGUGAUUUCCAUACAGAGUUCCAAUAGAAAAUGAAUGACCGAAACAACACAUUGAUCAUGUGUCAGUGCAAGAAGGUCUGUCUGUGUGAUAGCUUCCAAAUAACCUCAUCUGAUUUUCAUGGAUGAAUGGAUGGAAAAACUGUUGUAAUUGCAUGCAAUGAAUUCUUUAGCUGACUAAAUGAUGAAUCACAACACAUUUUUUUCUCAGUCACAUUCAAUGUUAUUUGUUAUACCUGAUUGAUUAAUGCUCUCUUAAGUUAUUGUAGAACAUACAAACAGGAGAACAACGACUUUGGCAUUCAGUAAGUCAAAAGUAAGAACAUGCUUAUGAUAGUGCAAUUAAAUGAAAUCAUUUGUGAUGAUAAUGAUUGGAUUAUUAAAAUUAUAUGAUUAUCAAAUA